CAUGCGUAAGCAACAGCUGUCCUGCUGCGGGGACUGACUGUGAGAGGGGGGGAAACGUUCUCAGCGAAGGCUUGAAAGAAGACCAACGACCCGGCUAACUUCUGGGUUCUUUGGAAAUCACUUUUUUGACUGGACAAGGGCAUUACUGAGAGACCCCAGUGCGGUGGUAUCUCUCGCCGAACAGAAUGCGAAGAUGGCAGGCCUGCUCCUCCCGACCGAUGGCACCGAUGUGUUUCGCCGCUUCACGCCGGAGUCGCUGGCGGCGAUCGAGCGUCGCAUGGAGGAGGAGGCUGCCGAGCAAGAGCGCUUGAAGGAGCUGAAUCCCAAAGCCCCAGAGAAGGACGAGGAGGAUGACGAGAACCUCCCCAAACCCUCCAGCGACCUGGAGGCUGGGAAGGCCCUGCCCUUCAUCUAUGGAGACCUGCCGCCAGAGCUGUUCAACAUACCACUGGAGGAGCUGGACCCCUACUACCAGGCCCAGAAGACCUUUAUCGUCAUCAACAAAGGGAAUACCAUCUUCAGGUUCAAUGCUGAACCAGCCUGCUACUGUCUGAGCCCCUUCAGUAUUGUAAGACAGAUAGCUAUUAAAGUUCUCAUACAUUCAUUGUUCAGCAUGUUCAUCAUGAUAACUAUUCUAGCAAACUGCGUGUUCAUGACGAUGAGCGAUCCUCCAGCAUGGAGUAAAACUGUGGAGUAUGUUUUUACUGGUAUCUAUACUUUUGAAGCAACAAUCAAAGUACUAUCUAGAGGAUUCUGUGUAGGAGAUUUCACAUUCCUUCGUGACCCUUGGAACUGGCUUGAUUUCAUGGUCAUCAGCAUGGCGUACAUCACUGAGUUUGUCGAUCUGGGCAAUGUAUCUGCGCUUAGGACAUUCCGAGUUCUUCGUGCCCUAAAAACUAUCACUGUAAUUCCUGGUCUGAAAACAAUCGUUGGCGCACUGAUUCAAUCAGUGAAGAAGCUACGGGAUGUAAUGAUUCUCACCGUGUUCUGUCUGGCUGUAUUUGCCCUGGUGGGCCUUCAGCUAUUCAUGGGCAACCUGCGGCAGAAGUGUGUCAUUUGGCCACCACAGUCCAACCAAACGUUACAGGACUUGCUUAGCUUCACCCCAGACUACAGCACCUUGGUCUCCACCGUACACUACAACAACACCGCAAACAGUACCUUUGACUAUCAGGCAUACAUUGACAACCCAGACAACCAUUACUAUCUGGAGGGUCAGUUAGACCCACUGCUCUGUGGAAACAGCUCAGAUGCUGGUGUUUGCCCUGACGGAUAUAUCUGCCUUAAGGCAGGAAACAACCCCAACUACGGCUACACACACUACGACUCGUUUGGCUGGGCCUUUCUGGCUCUCUUCCGUCUGAUGACGCAAGACUACUGGGAGAAUCUUUUUCAGCUGACUCUCCGAGCAGCUGGAAAGACCUACAUGAUCUUCUUCGUGGUAAUGAUCUUCCUUGGCUCUUUCUACCUCAUCAACCUCAUUCUGGCUGUGGUUGCCAUGGCGUACGCCGAGCAGAAUGAGGCCACUAUGGCUGAAGCUAAAGAAAAGGAGGAAGAGUACGCCAAGAUCCUGGAGCAACUGAAGAAGCAAACUGUUGAGAGGCAAGGCAGACUAGCCAGCAGCAAGCUGUCCCUGUCGAGUCAGAACAGUAAGGGUGGAGGAACAGAGGAUGAUCAUAGUGAUGAUGACCGAAGCCUUGGCAAAGAUGGAGAGGUCAAGAGGGCCCUCAAGGAUGAGGAGUCUGCAGGGAACAUAGUGAAGUCCAAUGGCAGCAUGGACUACCUGCAGGUCCCUGGGGAGCAAGAGAGGAAAGGCAGUGCUGUCAGUGCCACCAGCGCCCUCAGUGCUACCAGUGCCGUGUCAGCAGCAAGCAACACCAUGGACGAACUUGAAGAGCUUCAGAGGCCAUGCCCCCCUUUCUGGUACAAGUUUGCGGACAUCUUUCUGAAGUGGAACUGCUGUCCUCCAUGGAUCAUCUUUAAGAAGUGGGUGUAUUUUGUGGUGAUGGACCCAUUUGUGGACCUAGGCAUCACCAUCUGCAUUGUGCUCAACACUCUUUUCAUGGCCAUGGAACACUAUCCAAUGACAGAAGAGUUUGAGAAUAUGCUUACAGUGGGGAAUCUGGUCUUCACAGGGAUCUUCGCAGCUGAGAUGGUUUUCAAGCUCAUCGGCAUGGACCCGUAUUAUUAUUUCCAGGUGGGCUGGAACAUCUUCGACAGCAUCAUCGUGACCAUGAGCCUGGUGGAGCUGGGUCUGGCUGAUGUCCAGGGCCUAUCUGUGCUGCGCUCCUUCCGUUUGAUGCGCGUCUUCAAACUGGCCAAGUCCUGGCCCACCCUCAACAUGCUGCUCCGCAUCAUUGGCAACUCUGUUGGCGCCCUGGGCAACCUGACUCUUGUCCUUGGCAUCAUCGUCUUCAUCUUUGCCGUGGUGGGCAUGCAGCUAUUCGGCAAGAACUACAGUGAUUGCGUGUGCAAGAUUGCAGAGGACUGUGUGUUGCCCCGCUGGCACAUGCAGGACUUUUUCCACUCCUUCCUCAUCAUUUUUCGCAUCCUGUGCGGGGAGUGGAUUGAGACCAUGUGGGACUGCAUGGAGGUGGCUGGUCAAGGAAUGUGCCUCGUUGUCUUCAUGAUGGUCAUGGUCAUCGGUAACCUAGUGGUCCUGAACCUCUUCCUGGCCUUGCUGUUGAGCUCCUUCAGUGGAGACAACCUGGCCCCACCGGACGAUGAUGGAGAAAACAACCUCCAGAUCGCCAUUGGGAGAAUCACCUGGGGCAUUGACUGGGCCAAAGCCUUCAUCAUAGGACAUGUUAGGAGGCUUCUUGGGAUAAAACCCAAAAAGGGUGAGGGGGAAGAAGAGGAUGAGGAUCAGGAGGAUCACGUCAAGUGCAACAAUUUGGUCCUGAGAAACCUGGACUCAGGUGAGCCUGAGCUGAAGAAAGUGGAUGGGGUGUGGGGCUGGGCGGAAGACACCGGCAAUAACGGGUCGUUUACUAACGCUCUGACCCUCAACGUGCCCAUGGCCAAGGGAGAGUCGGACUUUGACACUCACGAUGAGGACAGCACUUCAGAGUAUGAGAACGAGGCAGAAGAUGAUGAGAAGACUAAGAAGGAGGAUAAUGCUGACGACACUUCCCAGUGCAGUACAGUGGACAAGGGUCCUCCGAUAGUGGAGGUGGAGGAAGAGGAAGAGGAAGACAUCUUGCCUGACGAGUGCUACACUGAGAACUGUAUCCGCCGUUGUCCUUGCCUGACCCUGGACAUCACCGAAGGUAAAGGGAAAAUAUGGUGGACCCUCCGGCGCACUUGCUUUACAAUAGUGGAGCACAGCUACUUUGAGACCUUCAUCAUUUUUAUGAUCCUGCUUAGCAGUGGUGCUCUGGCCUUCGAGGACAUCUACAUUGAGCAAAGAAGAAUGAUUAAGAUCAUUCUGGAAUAUGCUGAUCAGGUGUUCACAUAUGUCUUCAUCGUAGAGAUGCUCCUCAAAUGGGUAGCUUAUGGCUUCAAAGUCUACUUUACCAAUGCCUGGUGUUGGCUGGACUUCCUUAUUGUUGAUGUUUCCAUUAUCAGCUUGACAGCCAACAUCCUGGGCUACUCAGAGCUGGGGCCAAUCAAGUCCUUACGAACCCUCAGGGCCCUAAGGCCCCUCAGAGCCCUGUCUAGAUUUGAAGGGAUGAGGGUGGUGGUGAAUGCGCUAGUGGGAGCCAUCCCCUCCAUCUUCAAUGUGCUGCUGGUCUGCCUGAUCUUCUGGCUAAUCUUCAGUAUCAUGGGUGUCAACCUCUUUGCCGGAAAGUUCUACCGUUGUGUGAACACCACCUCAGGGGAGAUGUUUCUCACAGAUGUGGUUAACAAUAAAUCAGAUUGUUCUUCCCUUGAGGAGUCUGGUCUUGAUGCUCGAUGGACCAACCUCAAGGUUACCUACGACAAUGUGGGCAUGGGCUAUCUUUCUCUGCUUCAAGUGUCAACAUUUAAGGGAUGGAUGGACAUCAUGUAUGGUGCAGUUGAUUCACGUGGGAUUGAAGAUCAACCUGAGUAUGAAGCAAACCUCUACAUGUACAUCUAUUUCGUCAUAUUCAUCAUAUUUGGCUCCUUCUUUACCCUCAAUCUCUUCAUUGGUGUCAUCAUUGACAAUUUCAACCAACAGAAGGCAAAGUUUGGAGGCAAGGACAUCUUCAUGACAGAAGAACAGAAAAAGUACUACAAUGCUAUGAAGAAACUGGGUUCUAAGAAGCCACAGAAGCCUAUACCAAGACCAGAGAACAGAUUUUCAGCACUGGUCUUUGACUUGGUCACCCAACAAUUCUUUGACAUCCUUAUCAUGAUAUUGAUCAUGCUCAACAUGAUAACCAUGAUGGUGGAAACGGAUGGCCAGAGUAAAGAGAAGGAGGACAUACUUUUCCUCAUCAACUUGGUCUUCAUUGUGGUCUUCACCACAGAAUGCAGUCUGAAAAUGAUUGCCCUCCGACAGUACUUCUUCACAAUUGGCUGGAACAUUUUUGACUUUGUUGUUGUUAUUCUGUCUGUAGUGGGCCUUGUGCUGGCAGACAUCAUUGAGAAAUAUUUUGUCUCUCCAACUCUUUUCCGUGUGAUCCGACUGGCAAGGAUUGGUCGAGUUCUGCGCCUCAUUCGUGGUGCCAAGGGAAUUCGAACACUUCUGUUUGCCCUGAUGAUGUCACUUCCUGCACUUUUCAAUAUUGGCCUUCUCCUUUUCCUUAUCAUGUUCAUUUUCUCCAUUUUUGGCAUGUCCAACUUCGCCUAUGUCAAGCGUGAAGGCAUGAUUGAUGACAUGUUUAACUUCGAGACUUUUGGCAACAGCAUCAUCUGCCUUUUCAUGAUCACAACUUCAGCAGGUUGGGACGGACUCCUUUCACCCAUUUUGAACAGUGGACCACCGGAUUGUGACCCUGACUUGGAAAACCCAGGAUCAGAUGUGAGGGGUAACUGCGGCAGCCCUGGGGUAGGAAUCGUCUUCUUCUGCACCUACAUUGUUAUGUCCUUUCUGGUAGUGGUCAACAUGUACAUUGCCAUCAUCCUGGAGAACUUCAACGUGGCCACUGAGGAAAGCGCUGACCCAUUGUGCGAGGACGACUUUGAGAUGUUUUACGAGAUGUGGGAGAAGUUUGAUCCAGAUGCUUCACAGUUCAUCAGCUACAGCCAGCUCUCUGAGUUUUGCGACACCCUAAAAGAACCCCUCAGGAUCCCAAAACCAAACACAAUCAAGCUGAUCACAAUGGACCUGCCCAUGGUGCCAGGUGAUAAGAUCCACUGUCUGGACAUACUUCUGGCCCUGACAGCUGAUGUACUUGGUGACUCAGGAGAGUUGGACACUCUCAAGGCGAGCAUGGAGGAGAAGUUCAUGGCCAACAACCCUUCCAAGACGUCCUACGAGCCCAUCACCACCACACUAAGGCGCAAGCAAGAGGACGUGGCUGCCCGAGUCAUCCAGAAAGCCUGGCGCAAGUACAUCCUCUGCCGUUCCCUCAAGCACGCCUCGUUCCUGUUCCGUGAAAAGUCUGACCAGACUGGGGAUGGCGAGGAGCCACCUGAGAAGGAAGGAAUGAUUGCUUUCAGAAUGAGCCAGUUCUAUGGUGAUGGGAUGGAGCAGGAUGUCGCCAUGUGGAACCCCGUAGCAGCUUCUGACAAAGUACCCCUCACUCCCUCUGGUCCUGUGGAGGUCCAGAAUGAAGUGGUCUUGCACUCUGCCCCAUACACUAUCCCUGACACUGCUGAAUUUGUUGACAGCCUGAGGGAGAGUAUCGUUUAGAUAUAAUUCCCUGAGGGUUUGUAGUAUCACCACCAUGUUUGGGUGUCUAGAAAGACACUUAGUCCUUGAUUCUCCUCUUGGCUACAUUGGCUAUGUGUAAAGUCAAAUGUUUCAGAGUGAUCUUCAAGACCUGCUGAUUGUGAUGGUAUAUAUUGUUACGUUUUAGCAUGGCUAAAAUGCAAUGAAAGUGUUUUCUCCCAAAAGUGGGGCCCACUCUCUCCAUAUCAGACUGAUCCUUAGACAGAUGAUAUAAUGAAUGACAGUUUACUCAAGUCAUUACAUUAGAAAAUUGAUACUAAUUACAGUAAAACAAUCCAUGCAAGUAAUUGUUACCCUGGUAUGACUAUUAAAUUGGACUAGAUAUUUAUUUUAUUUCAAAAUAUUAUGUUAUAUUCAUUGUUGUUGGCUUUUCCCUGCAGAAAACUGGUUGGCAACAUUGAUCUGGUAUGUUAUAAAUUAGAGGUAGGCUACAAGUUUCCAACUCAAAAUGGAAAUGGAAAUUACAGCCAGUCAACCAUUAAGGAAAGUCUAAUCUUUUCUUUGGCGACACUCCAGGAAACAGCCAGAAUGUACAGCAGUAAAACAUGAUAUCAGAGAUGGGUCAGCUGAAACUACUGGAGCUACUGAAGUCAUUUUUUUAAAGCCAAAAUAUUGUAAAACUCCCCUGGUUUCAGUAGGUGACCACAUGUUUUUGUACAGCACAGAGUUAUUACAUGGCACUGUGUGCAUUAGGACAAAUCUAGUUAUGUACUUCUAAAAUCUAAAUGAGCAGAGAGAAUGUCAGAGAAAUGCACUGCAGAUAUUACAUGUGAUCCUAAUAAGGAAUAGUCACGUCUUCACCAAAGCUUGUCAAAACCAUGAUGAUAAUAUUUAUUUAAUUACAUUUGUAUUUAUUUUAUUUAAUUCUAAUGCCAUGAUUCAAAAGUAACCACACACUUUCAGCAAGUCUGUUAUUUUUGUAUUAUGUAAAAUAAUUGUCUGUUAUCAUCACCCCAAGUCAUAUCCUAUUGAUCAUUUAAUACUGAGGCCUUUUAACUGUAUGGCACAUGCUGGUCCUGUGUGAUGGAAUAGGGGGAGAAAGCUGGACCCUACAAAGAUGUGCUACCAAGAGCCCUUUGGGUGCUUCGCUUAUCAUUGAAGAGUAUAAAGAUAACUCUUACAGUAUAAACAGAGAAUAGUUGUGCAGGGCUAUGGGAUUCUGAAAUGUUACUUGUCUUCUUGGUGAGCUAUGGUCAGAAGAGCUUUUUUUUUAAAAAUUGCCAGCAUGUUCAGCUCUGCUCUGAUGUAUGAGCUAUCAUUUUUCAGUGUUUUUCGAUGACAUGUCUGCCACAGAGAUCAUCUUUUGCAUGCAAGAUUUAAACACUGGCAAUUUCUUGUUAAAUGAACAACGAAUUAAUAUAUUUUUAGGUAAAUAUAUUUUUUAUAAAUACAAUUUUUUAUCAUUCUCCUUGUAAAAAUGCUUUGUUGUAGAUAUUUGCUUGUCAUAGAUUUUCUUUCUUUCUUUAACAUCAUGUUUACAUACUGUAUUCAUUGUAAUCAAGUGAGCUUCCAGAAGUAGUCAUGUUUGUCUCAGUUUAAUGAGUUUAAAAUUCUUAAACCUGGCCAUAAUAGAAUGUCACUGUAGAAUUGUUUUGGUUGACUGUGGAAAACAUUGCCAAAACUUUGCAACCAGUGGCUAUAGGAGGAAAAUAUAUGCUCAACGACUA